ACAAAUUUGGCGAUGGUUUUUGUUGUUUUUUUUGUGCUGUCAGAUCAAUUUGAAUUGGAUUCAAAUCGGCUACAAACUGGAAACGUUGAAUUUUACAAACUGCUAAAAGUGCUAAAACGUGUAAUCGUGAAAUCUCGUAGCUAUGGAAGAGGAAUCUACACUCGUAGAACCAUCAUUGGACAAACAAUUAAAAGGACAUAUAAAUGGUAUCACUUCGCUCUAUUACAGCGUAAAUGAGCAUUAUAUAGCAACAGGAUCUUUUGACAACAGUAUUCUACUAUGGCAGCUUCAUGGCUGUAUCAAGAGUUACCGGUUCCAAGGGCACUCGGAAGCCGUGAUGGACGUGACGUUCUCACCUUCGGGCAAGCACAUGGCAUCGGCGUCUCGCGAUAAGACCGUGCGGCUGUGGGUGCCAACCGUAACGGGCAGCACCGGCGUCUUCAAGGCGCAUUCGCAGACCGUGCGCUCUGUGCAGUUCACACCCGAUGAGUCAAAGAUCUUGACAGCAUCAGAUGACAAAAUAAUCAAGCUGUGGUCCAGUGAUAGAUACAAGUUCAUAUCAUCUUUUGUUGGUCACAAGAACUGGGUCCGUUGUGCCCGAAUUUCAAAUGAUGGCUGCAUUAUAGCUUCUUGUUCUGAUGACAAGACAACAAUGCUCUGGGACCCAGAGUCUGGAAAAGAGGUUCACUCUUACAAAGACCAGAAAGGUUUUGGAAUGUGUUUAGCAUGGCACCCAUCUGGUUGCUAUAUUGCUGUGGGAACAAGCCAGGGCAAUGUCAAACUGUAUGAUGUUAGAACUCAUAAUCUUGUUCAGUAUUACAGUAUACAUAGUGAUACAGUCACACAAUUAUCAUUUCAUCCUAGUGGCAGCUACAUUCUCACAGCUAGCAAAGAUGGUAAAAUGAAGAUUUUGGAUUUGCUUGAGGGUCAUCCUUUAUUUACCUUGGCUGGGCACACUGGUUCAGUUAAUGCAGUUAAUUUCUCUCCCAGUGGAGACACAUUUGCGUCAGCUGGUGAAGACAAACAGGUACUCCUAUGGAAUACCAAUUUUGCAGAAGUUUCAACCGAAAUGAAAGAAAAUAUGGUAUCACAGAGAUCUAAAUCUCCCACCUCAGUAAAAGGGAAAAAACAGGACUGGUCAAUGUCUGCUGUUUCCUCAGAGUACUCUAUAGCCAUUCAGAAACUAGAGUUCAGAGAUAAUUGCAACUAUAUUAGUCAUAUUAAACAUUCUUCACCAUGAUAGAUACAUAAUUUUAAAAAACUAAUAUAUUCAAUCAUGCAUAUCAGGGGACCAAGAUUUGGUACCUAUGUUAUCAUACCUGCAAGUAUCCCGAAACAUCUUUCGUCCAUAUUGAUCCACCUGAAAGCACGGGCUAUGAGACAAAUGACUGUCAAAGACCAAAUGCGGUACCACUGAGUAACCCCCCUUGUCAGGAUCGCGCAGCUGGAUUACUUACCAGAAGCUCGAGUCCCUCAAGCAGUGCAAGAUCAGCUAUAUUUCAUGGGCAACCCAGAGCAAACAGCACUAUAGUGGAAUCACCCCUAGUGGAUGCUGAAGUUCCCCGGAAUUUUAAUAACUCAAACACGUCAAGGUCUGGGCUACAUACAACAUGCAAGUCGGAUGAGUGUGAAAGGGUCGGCACGGUUGGCGACAUGAGUCAUGUACCCCGCGUGGCACCCUCUCGUACCACAUGUACCGUGCCUUGCAUUGCUAGCAAUAAUACUUUCACUGUUCAUACUUCAGAGGAAGAUUUGUUUGGCAUGAUUAAGUUGAAAGAGAAUGAUGUCUGUUAUACAAGUGGAACUAUAGAAUGGGUCGGUAGAAAAAGGAGCUUCCCAAUCAAUAGUGGAUUCAAACUUUUGAAUGAUACUUACAGACAUGAACCUCUUGAAAAGAAACUCAAGUCAGAUGCAACUUAUACUUGUAAUGGUAGUCACUUGAAGGACUGUGACUGUGCCGAUGUCCUGCCCACUAUGAAUGCAAUUGUGGACCAUUUGAAUGCUCUCCAUGAGGCAGUGGACCUAGUGGACCUAAGAGUGAACACUCUUGAAAAUGCUUUAUAGCAGUAGUUUAUAGUAGUUUGUUUAUCUUCAAGUCAAGUUAUUAAAGUAUAUACACUUA